CUGCGGUCCCUGCCCUCGGGACUCUGACCCUGCGUGGGGACAGCACAAGUAAACCAACGCAGUGCCGAGCAGCCCCGCAGCUGCUGGGACAGAGCUGGACAGAAUGGACCCCACCAUAGAGCUGGCAGAUGACCCCAGGUUCCCUCGGCCGCUGGUGGAGAUGCUGAUGCGGAACUUCAGCGUGCCGGCCGCGUGCUUCUCCCUGCCACCCACCUCCUGGCAGCUGCUGCAGCAGCUGGAUAUGAUCCAACUCUGCAUCACGGGCCUGGCCACCAUCCUGACGCUGGUGUCAGUCAUCAUCUACGUGGAAGAAGCCCUCUAUAUCUACCGCAAGACCAGCUGCCCCAUCAAGAUGAAGACCCUUUGCUGGAGCAGCUCAGCCCCUACGGUCGUGACUGUGUUCAGCUGCUUCGGGCUGUGGAUCCCACGCUCCAUGAUGGUGGUGGAAAUGGCCACCACGAUGUACUUUGCCACCUGUUUCUAUGUCAUGAUGAUGGUUAUGGUGGAGGGCUUUGGGGGGAAGGAGGCCGUGCUCAGCACCCUGAAGGACGUGCCCAUGGUGGUGAGCACCGGGCCCUGCUGCUGCUGCUGCCCUUGCCUGCCCCGCAUCACCAUGAGCAGGAAAAAGCUUCGGCUGCUUAUACUGGGGACCUUCCAGUACGUCCUCCUGAAAACAGCUUCUAUCUUCCUGGGACUGGUCCUGUACACUGAUGGGAACUACAACCCUGCUGAUAUCUCGGCGGAGAGCGUGGCACUCUGGAUCAACACCGUCGUCGGAGCCUCCACCCUCUUUGGGCUGUGGGCACUGGGUAUCCUCUUCCGACAGGCACGACUGCAUCUGAAGGAGCAGAACAUGCAGGCCAAGUUCACCUGCUUCCAGGUUCUCCUCGUGCUGACAGCACUGCAGCCUGCCAUCUUCAGCAUCCUGGCCAACAACGGUAACAUUGCCUGCUCGCCACCCCUCUCCUCCAAGGCCAGGUCACAGCAGAUGAACAUGCAGCUAUUAAUCCCGCAGACCUUCAUCCUGGUGGUGGUGGCACGGAUGUAUUACCGCAAGCAGGAUGACAAGCCGGGCUACCAGCCUGUCAGCAUCACAGCCACCAGCAGCAGUGCCUAGGUGUGAGCAGAGGAGGGUGCAAGGGCAGAGCUGCCAGUGUGCUGCCAGCCCAGCACAACCCUUGAAGCCUGCUGGGAGCAAAGGCAGCAGAAGGGGAAAGGACAUUUUGGGAUCUGGAAGCAGCCCUCCAGCCUGGGGGGUUCCUGGUUGGCACUCAAUAAAGAUAACUUUGUACACGCGUUGUGGUGCUGGCUGGG